AUGUCAGAUCAAAACUGCUCUACUACUUCACACGGAAAUGGACACAUGAGCAAAAGCCGGCUUAGCCAAACGAGCCUGGACACUCCUUGUUCUAGCCUAAAUCAAGAAACCUAUCCACAGAACGCUGAAAAUUUUACACUUAGCGGAAAGUUUUGGGGCCGUGUUAAGAAAUUUCUCCUUUGUAAGAGCGGAUUUCCCUCGGGUGUUUGCUACAUCGUAGGGAGUGAAUUCUGCGAGCGAUUUUCUUACUGUGGGAUGAAAGCCAUCUUGAUCUUGUAUCUGACUCGUGUGCUUGCUCUUGGAGACAAUACCGCCACUGCAGUCUUCCAUAGCUUUCUAAUGUUAUGUUACUUUACUCCUUUGUUUGGGGCAAUGAUCGCCGAUGGCUGGCUGGGAAAAUACAGGUAAGUUAAAUAGAAUCUCCUAGUUAUGUUCUACUUUUUAUCUGAUUCCUAUCCCUAUGAGUUCUCCAGUCAGUCCUCUAGAUCUGAUCACAUUACCCGAUAAGACUCCAUUGCUCAGUUGACUAAUUCAGCGCCAUUAAAUAUGCUGAAGUUCCGUCUGAGAUUGUGUACCUAGCGGGGGUGGGGGGGCAUGCAAAUGGCGAUCACUGCAAAAUCUGUAGGAAUUUUUGGACAUGAAUCACACUAUAAAUCUGAUCUAAAUAGCAAACCCGCGCUUGUGUAAAUAUUUACGCAUUGCGGUCACAGUUCAUAUCACAGACGCUCGUAUCACAAACUGCCUUGUUAUUCAAUCAAGCUUGAAGUUCCUAGUGAAUAAAAUACAAAUUCAUCGUAUAAAUAUUCAUGCCUUCAGGCGUUUCGUCAUGGAUAAGUACCCAAUACAACCAAAGACAUAAAAGUAUUCAAAGAAUGAUUUAUAGUGCAAUUACUUUCUUUCCUCCGUCGUUCUCAAUUUAGGGCUUGAGUAGUUUUGUAGCACUCAAGCAAUCAAUUUCUAUAGUAUACAGGAAAUUUUUGAUAAGUUCGGUCUUUCAUAGAGUGUGCACGGUUUCCAAACUGUUUUACUUUUACUCAUUUCCUCUCUAACUCACCGAUACAAUUAAAUUACUUUAAAAAAUGACCUUUACAUAGUAAGUGCGAUCCUUUAUAAGGUGUUAUUUGUUUAGUUAACUUUUUGAAAAGAUAGUAUAUAUUUACUCGUGUGCUCGAAGAAAAUACGCGUUGUUGGUCAUUUUCCGGCCACUUUCUCUGUUGUCUUACCGUCUGACCAGCCAUUCAGGUUUAAUUUUCGCGCGUCACACAUAUAAGUCCCGUAAGAUGACGCUCCAUUGUGGGUGAUACUUUACCAAAGGAAAGUUGAAUUAUUACCCUUUGGCGAGGCUAAAUCUGCCUUUUAAGCAUUAAGUUUUUUUACGCAGUGGGCUAUGAGAAAGAUCAUGCAAGUAAAUGAAAACUCGAAAACCCAGAUCCGCUACUGUUUCUUGCGUUGAUAUUCGUUUAGCAUUCUUACACUUCAUUAUUUGCGUAUUCCUGAGUUCCUUCUGUUCACGUAACCCAUUAGCCAAAUUUCACAGUAAAACUCUCGGGGAGUUAAAGAAAAAUAUAGAUUUUACUUAUAGGAAUUCAUAAGUUAUGAGACAAUUGAAAACAUGGUGUAAAAAAUUCCUUUUCUCAUUUUUCCCUAGAACAAUCCAGUUCGUUUUUCUUCUUUAUGGUGCAGGGAGCCUGAUAGUAUUUGUCACAUCACUACCUCCGCUUGAUGCUGGUGAGAUUCCAGGACCAAUGAUUGGUUUAUUCCUGAUUGCAGUAGCAACUGGUGGAAUCAAACCAUGUGUGUCAUCUUUUGGAGGAGACCAGUUUACUUCUGAUCAGACUCAUCUGCUUCAGAGCUUUGUUUCAGUAUUCUAUUUUGCUAUGAAUGCUGGAAGUCUGCUCUCCAUGUUCAUCACACCCGUACUAAGAGGUAAGGUUACUCGUUUAUAGAAGUUUGUUAUAACAUGAUACAAGUGUUUAGUGCAGGAACGGAAAGUAAAAUUAAACAUUAUCAUUAUCCUUUCGGCAUGCGCUGGAAUGUUUUGUCUUCCACGCCGUGCCGUCCCAGAUUGCAGAAUCAAGAUCUGAUACUCCAAUUCGCGUAUACCGAGCCAAAAGCUGGGGGGUUCUGUCCAGGGAACUGACGGCGCGCAGCGUCCUCUCCGAUCUCCGAUGUAUUCCUUCUUGUGUGUUGCAUGCUCAGAUCAGUUAAUGUUUGUGCACUGCGUCGAAGAUUAGUCAACUUUCCACCCAAUAUAUUGUGGUCAUUUGAAGCCAGUUUGGGUUUCUGCGCCGUAAAAUAAUAUAGGCUCAACUAGAUUUUGGAACAUUGUUGGAGAUACAGAGCGCCAUAAGAUUGUUGGGCUGGCUGCCGUGGAUGCACGUAGUGCUAGCUGGAUUUAUUUAGAUAUAGCCUUUCAGGAUUAUUAAACUCGUAUAUUGGUUUAAAAAAAGCGAUAAUUACCAUGGAAUGUAAAGAGCCACAAUUAUCUUCAAGUGAUAAAUGUUAAAUUAUCUAGAGAAACUUGGUACCUACAUCAGCCAAUUGAGCACUUUGUAACUUAGACCCUGUUUACAUGGAGUGGGGGACCCCGGUCUAGUGGGGUAGUUUUCUUUGGUUUUGUGUCCCCCAGAGCGUGAAAACAAAAGAAACCAACCCCACUAGACCGGGGACCCCCACGCCCUGUAAACAGGCCCUUAGAGUAAUGAAAAUAAUUUAAACACCACUUGCAUGAUAAAUAAGGAACUCACUAAAUAUUUUAUUUGACAGGAGACGUGAAGUGUUUUAAAGAUGACUGCUAUCCACUGGCCUUUGGUGUUCCUACAGUAUUUUUGAUGAUAGCUGUUGCUUUAUUUUGGUGUGGCCGUCACAAAUACAAGAACGUCCCACAAACUGGUAACAUGAUAUGGAAAGUGACUAAAGUUAUCAGCUACGCACUUAAAAAGAAAAUUACAACCAAAGUAAAAUAUAUACAGAUAUGCAGAUUGCAUCGUAGAAAACCGCCAUCAGGGCUUGUAAAGGUGAUAGUACACGGGACGAUACGCGAUGACGAUUUUUAGCGCAACACAGUUACAGCAUAGUCUCGGAUGGGCGCAACAUUGUUCCAACAUUAAGAAGCCGUAUUGCGAAUUGUCCGUGUAACAUCACCUUAACACUCCUCAAACUAAGCUAAAUGUAACACUCAGUAACAACACUAUGUACUUCUCCUGUCUGUGCUCUCUCUCGUGAUAUAAGUCAAGAGAAUGGCACUAUAUACUACAUUAUCUUUAAGUUUGAUUGUUUGUCGGAAAACUUGGUUCGUCCACAGUUAGGUGGACUAUGAUGGCAGUUGUAUUGCAACACAUCGCAAAGAAAUUGAGUAUUAUAGAAUUCAGUUAUCAAGUUAACAGCAAAUUCACUGUGGUAAUGACUAUGGUCGUCAAGCAUUGAGUGAUAACUGAGUUAUCACAUUUUUUUCCAUUAGGGAGAGUCAAAGGAACAUUGGAUGGACUGGGCUGGUGAUACAUAUGACGCACAGUUGAUUCAAGACAUCAAAGCUCUGUGUAAAGUGUUAUUCAUGUUUCUUCCUCUUCCUGUCUUUUGGACGCUGUUUGAUCAGCAGGGUUCUCGCUGGGUUUUGCAGGCACAACAAAUGGAUGGUUAUGCAGGUUAGUGUUGCCGAAUGAGCCUAGCUAGUGAAUGACCAAGCUCAUAUCCCUCCAAUCUUCUUUCAUCAGCUAAAGUAGCCAACAGGUUCUGAUGUUCUAAGCGCUUCUUCUGAGAAAUGAGUAAAAGAGGAAAAGGGGUUUGCGCAAAUGGGUUUUUGAGAAAGGAAUAAAUGUAUUACAAUCCGAAGAUAGCCAUGCUUGUUUUCAUUUAAUACUAUAUCUAUAUUGCAAUUUAUAUUACAUUUUCAUAAGUCCUGUUGUUUAGAGCUUUGGAAAUGCAUGCUGCUCAACUCGUUAGCGGGGUUACACUCCUUCACUGAACAUAAGUCAAUGCAUGCAUGGCAUUCAUUAAACACCACCUCCUUAGACAUAAAUUUACUUUGCAACGAUUUACUUCCUUCCAGCAGAGUUUGCGUGGGAGUGCGCCAACAAGACCUUCAGACGCUGGCCCUUUUUUAGACAAAAACUGCUCAUUUUGUAAAAUUGUCUUCCUGUUUAACACUUGGGACCCCACAAACCAUACUCUGUUCGACCGCACAUACCCGUUUAGGCAAAAUAAGGGUGCCCCCCUUCCCAACCUCCAUCCUCCCCCACCCCGCCCGCGGAACAAGGUGUUACACUUAUGCCGUUUGCUUUUUAACCAUACGAUAAUAAAUGAUUCAAUCAUUCGCCUUCUAUUCAUUCAGGAUUUUUGGGAACGUUUAAGCCAGAUCAAAUGCAAGCCUUCAAUGCUCUUUUCAUCAUCCUUCUCAUUCCGCUGUUCGAGGGUGUGUUGUAUCCCCUUUUCAAGAGACCAACCCCACUCAAGAGGAUGUGUGCUGGAAUGUUUCUUGCUUGUGUGGCUUUUGUCUUUGCUGGUUUUUUGCAGAUGAAAAUACAGGUAUGAUAACUUAUAGCAUGUAUGAUAGCAUCUAUAUGUCAAACCAUGGUAUUAUGGACAUAAAUGGAAACAUUUCUCAUUGAAGGCACGCCCUUAAUAUUUUGUUUUUGUUUUAUUUUGUUUGUUUAAUCAAAAAACAGUCAUCAAAUAAACUGAACUUGGGCUUUGAAAGUGUUCAAAUUUUGGUUCUUUGAUUAAUUUUCAGAGCUUCAAUUGUCAGUGAUCAGGAUUCCACUUCCACUUGACAGGGAGGGGAUAAAAGAAAGAGAAGAUGGCGAGAGGGGUGGGGGGGGGCGAUUACUUUCAAUAUUUCCAUCAAAGGGGGGCUAUUAUUCGAGGCAGACGAUUAAUCGAGGAAAAACGGCAAGCGGGGCACUAAUGGAAAGGGAGGUAGCAAUGAGUGGAGCACCGUCCGACUCCGGUUUGUCAGUCACAUGAUCACUUCUACGAGUUACCGGCUUAAAAAUAAGCAUCAUUCUACAGUUACAUUUCACUUUAUCACCUUUAUGUUCAAGCAGACCUUAAUUGCAAUGCGAGACUGAUUGUAUAGUGUAUUUUACAGAUGACGUUGCACGUUCUUGCUUUUUUAGAGUGAAGAAAUGAUUAAAGAUGCGCCACCAUCUGGGCAAGCCAAUCUACAAGUAAUCAACACUUUACAAUGUCCUGUGACAAUCACUCUGGAAAACAAGAACAUAACUAUUGAUCCCUUGGAUAAAUCUUCUGAACAGCAUUUGUCUGUCAAACAAAACGUAACUCUCAUGAUCACAUCUCCCGCAGACUGUAAACAUCUGUCGAAAUUAUCGUUAUCAUAUCAGCCUGACUUGAAAGAACAUGAGUGGUACAACUUUGUUAUUGGUGGUGUUGGAAAUCAAAUGAUUGGACACAUGGUUAAACAAAACAUUACUCCGGCUCCCCCUCAUGGUAGAGCAAAAUUGUGCACACUUCUUUUUUCAUUACCACCGGAUGACAACUCAUUUGAUAUCCUGCUUGACAAGCAUCGGGUUCAAGAGAAUGUUUUAGUUCUGGGGAAGUCAGUUUGUAUUGUACUUUCAGCAGAUCGCUAUAGAAUGACGGUUGUUGGGAGGAAAUCCAGUAAAGUGUAUGCAUCCAGUGAAGUUCUUCUAAAGAAUGGUGGAAUCUAUACUGCUGUGGUACAAGAAAACAAGAAAUAUCAGGCAAACCCAGCAGAAGUUCUUCUCUUCAAAGAUUUGGAUGCUAGAAACGUCUCUAUGUUGUAUCAGAUUCCACAAUAUUUUGUCAUCACAAGCGGAGAAAUCCUUUUUUCCAUCACUGGUGAGCAUCAUUAAUUUAUUUACGACCUUGUAACAUUCCGGCUCUGCAUGGUAAAUAACGUUGUAAUAGCAUCAUUAAAAAGUAUAAAUGGAAUGGUAGUUGAUAAAAUGCACCAUUGGCUGCCGUUGUCAGUCCGUUUUUGCUUCAGUUUCACCCAAUCAGCUUAUUCUAUGAUAAGCCAAAAAAAUACCUUUGACUGUAAGAAUAGGUCCUAUAUAGUAGUGUAGUAUAAACCGAAUUAUUAUUCAUUCAAAAUAUUUCCCCGAUUCUUAUUGGCUAAAAGCACACGCAUAAUUCACCAUAACCAGUUACUGAUGACCAAAUUUGGAAGAAUUUUGUUUUUAACGAGGAAAUGACGUCAAAAAUGCAGCGUUCUUGCUUGAGGUUAAUGCACCUUUAACCGAGAAGACCUGGGGACGAGGUUGAGUUGAUUUGGUUGCGAAAACAAAAAAUGGCGGACAUUUCACUCGUUUCAAGAGUAAGAACUAGGCGAAAUUAUAGCUAAACACAUGGCAAGAACAGCAAGAACACAACUCGAAGGGCGACAUCUGCUAUUUGGAGAAUAUUUGCGGAGCUGAACAACCCUAAACGUGCACUAUUGAAGGUGAACUUAACAUCGAUGGAGGAAAGCAUGUUUUGGCUUUGUUUUAAAUUAGGAAUAAUUUUGAAUGAAUAAUAAAACAAUUAUUGAAUUCGGCUUUCGUAUCUUAUGAAGAAUUAUGGAGAUCUCGGAGGGUGUUAUCCGCCUCGACGGAUAACACCCUCCUCGAUCUCCAUAAUUCUUCAGAAGAUACUCAGCCUCAUUCAUUAAUUGUUAAUUAUCCCCUUUUGGGAACGAUAGAAAUUUUGUUAGGAAGGGUAGGAAAGGUUAAAACAAGGAAUUAAGAAAGUUCGUGACGCGUUGGUUAUCUGAUACUACAGAUGGUAAACUUAAGAUUUUCAAAUUACCCAAAUCUGUUCUAGAUAAACUUGACAUAAAAUUGUUUAUUGUUGUGUAAAUAUUAUGACUAUAGUGAAAGGCAAGAAAAAGAAAAACUAGGUAAAGCAAUUCAGUUUGACCGAGAAGAUGGUUUUAAUUAACAAUUACUGAAUGAGGCUGAGUAUCUUAUGAAGAACUAUGGAGAUUGAGGAGGGUGUUAUCCGUAGAGACCAUAGGCCGAGGCGGACAACACCCUCCGAGAUCUCCAUAAGUCUUCAUAUGAUACGAGAGCCGAAUUCAAAAAUUGUUUUAUUAUUCAGUCAAAAUAAUUCCUAGUCUAAAAACAUGGCUAAAACAUGCUUACCUCCAUCGAUCCAUCGAUGUUAAGUUCAUCUUCGAUAGUGCACUUCUAGGUUUGUCCAGCUCCGCAAAUAUUCUCCAAAUAGCAGAUGUCGCCCUUCGAGUUGUCUUCUUGCUGUUCUUGCCAUAUUUUUAGUUAUUUUUUCGCCUUGUUCUUACUCUUGAAACGAGUGAAAUGUCCGCCAUUUUUCAAGUUCACAACCAAAACAACUCAGCCUCGUCUCGUCUUGCACGAACGCUGUAUUUUUGACGUCAUUUCCUCGUUAAACACAAAAUUCUUCCAAAUUUGGUCAUCAGAAACUGGUUAUGGUGAAUUAUGCGUGUGCUUUUAGCCAAUCAGAAUCGGGGAAAUAUUUCGAAUGAAUAAUAAUUAUCUUUAUUGCCUUUGUAAGAACGUCGCUUACUGGUUUCUUUCUUUUGUUAUUUGAUGGAGUAUGGUAGGGUUUGAGCAACAUAAAAGCUCCUUUUUUGUAUCUCGAAUCCAGAGCACAAUUUGGUGUCGUAGAUAGUACGAGUUCACACAACAACUCAUUAUUUACUAUUGAUAGUUAAGUCAAGAAUCCAAAUUCUCAUUCCAUACAUUCUUCUUCUUUAAAGGUCAGUGUCUGGGGUUUUCGUCAAUGGUUGUGGACCUGUUGAUAUUUCUAAUUGUCUUCAUACUUCAACCUUCAGGUUUAGAGUUUGCUUAUUCCCAAACUCCCGCAAACAUGAAGUCCUGUCUUCACGCUGCGUGGCUGAUGACCGUGGCAUUCGGCAAUCUGAUAGUCGUCAUCGAGGCAGAAUCUCACCUCUUUGGCAGUCUAAUGAUGGAAUUUUUCUUUUUUGCUGCCAUGAUUUUCGUUAUUAUGUUGGUAUUUAUGAUGAUGUCCACAUUUUAUUACUAUCUGGAAACACCUGCUGCAGUUGAACCCAUUGUACUGGUUCCUGUUAAUAGGAGUGAAGACAGAAUGGGAAUAGGCAACAUGCAUAAAUUAGCUAAAAUCUAA